GUCUUGCCUUUUUUCUGCCACCAUUCCUUUCCCCUUCCCCCCGCCUUGCAACUGGGGGACAAAGAAAGAAAGGCGAAUAAAAACAACAACCCCAUACUACGUUUAUUAGAUAGGUGUUGUUAGCAAAGUCUAGAUGCUAGGUGGGCGCAGGAAUAGGGUGGUGCCUCGCCCCAUUAUAAGGCGCACACGAAGCUGGCGUGGGAUCAUGCAAGUCCGGUUCAACGAUUCUAAGGCCGACAGCCGCCGACUCGGUCGCCAGGCUUUUCUAUGGUCACCGUUGCGCGUUUUUGGUUUGGGCAUUGUGACGCUGGCGUCUUUAUAUAUUACGCUUGGACAUGAUUACUUUAUGCAUGUGUUGAUGGGGUACGAGUCAGAAAUGCAGUACGAAAUGAAAGUGAACCCAACCUUAGGCGCCCUAACGUCCUGCGCUGGUCCUGUAAUGGAUCUUAAUAAGGGAUGGAAAUCCCCGCUACGGGAUUUGGAAAAGCCCCUGCAUCCUAAGCGCGAGUUUGAUAUUUUUAGGGAUGAUGUCAAGUAGGAAGUUAGCGAACGGGCACACAGAAAUGAAGGAGUAUGUUAUCGCAUUGAGCCUUUUCUUUUUCAGUGAUUUAUACUCUUUACUUCUGCGUUGCUCCUUUAUCCGAUAGGAAACUGAAACAAAGCUCUGUAAAUCUAUAUGAUUUAAUACUUACACACAUAUUUCACCCCCUUCGAGGGUGCUUUUCAUGCGUGGGUAUGGGUAUCGGAAAA